AUGUUAUUGCUACGUGGCAAUGUAGCACUGCUAGCAGUACUAUUUGCACUGUACCUCCAAACGAGCCAUGCGGCGACCAAUAACCGAUACAUUGCUAUGGGGAAUUUGCAGACUGUGAUUCACGGAGAAACGCUAUUCUCCACUGAUAUCGACCCGGAUCGUAAAGUCACCGGAUUCUUGUGGUGCCAAGUCCGCGAAGGAACGAUCCACUACAAGCCGACAUGGGCUCGUUUCGUUCGUAUUCGUGAUAAGAAGGAGUUCCCGGCUGAUAUCGCUCCAGACAACAAGGCCUAUCUUCAUUUCGGGCAGUCGAAAGCCGACGCCGCCGGAAAGUAUCGAUGUGAAGUCAAGAUUCCGGAUAGCUCCAUUAUCACUGGAAACAUGUUCGCUUAUUCACACCCCAUCGUGAAAAACAACGAAUCGUGGCCGCUGACGGCGUCGACAACUGAGCCAUUCACUGUUUUGGCCGAAGCCGUGUACGCGUCGCCCGACACGACCGCCCGUAUUCCAUGUCCCAUUAUCGGAUACCCAGAACCGAAUAUCAUUUGGUUCCGUAACGAUUUUCCAUUGGAACUCGAGGGACGUGUCUCUUUUGAUCAAGCGAAUGGCGUUUUGAGUAUUGAGAAUGUGAAAGAGGAGGACGCUGGAACGUAUCGAUGCGAGGGAACCAAUCAGUUCCCGGUGCAAAUCGAUGGGCCGGAGCAACAGUUUAUUGUCAAGCUGAAGCAGGAGUUGAAGAUUGGAGGUGAACAACUACGGUUGGAUGCUCCCGCUCGCCAUCAUCCUCAUCAUCCUCAUCCUCCUGUUUAUCAUUAUCUUCGCAUGCAACAGUGCGCCAAGUACAAGGCCGAUCAGUACAACGUGGCGGAUCGCGAACGGGCGCUGCACAACGAUCAGGUGCCGCUCAAGAAUAGUGUCUGA